CGGUGGCGUGUUGUGUAAGGGUCGGGUGUUGUGUGUGUGUGAAACAUAACUGGAAGAAAAGAGUGGCGAGCAGUGGUGUGAGACACAGUGAUGCCAGGCAGCAGCUGAGGACAACCGGGUAACAUCACACAAGGCGAAGCGCUACCUUUACUGUAACCAUCGUUAACACACGAACGCCACUAUGUCGCUGGAGAUCAAGGUGGUGAGCGCCUCCAACCUACAGAAUUUGGAGACGCUUGGCAAGAGUGAUCCUUACGUCACCAUAGACUUCCAGGGAGAAAAAAAGAAAACGGAAGUAAAGGAUGGGACACUAGACCCAGAAUGGGACGAGACCUUAAAAUGGGAGUUGGGUACAAAGGCGCCGCGAGCAGACGAGUGCAUCGAUAUUACAGUGAAAGAUUAUGAAAGAAUAGGGAGAAACAGACUACUGGGCAAGGCCACCAUCGCCCUGAGGAACGUAGUCCACGCAGCACCAGGCACGCCCCUCGACUAUGACCUGGGACUCCUGGAUGCCACUGACUCCCCCACUGUUGGCACCCUAAAGCUGGUUCUCUCUUACACCCCUCCCGCAGGUGCGGCUACGAGUGGCGGCAGUGCUGGGCUUAACAUAGGCGCUGUAGCAGCCCGAUCAGCCGCGGUCACUUCUGAUUUAUCAAAUGACUCGUCGGGAGGAGAGGGUAGCCAAAACAACAAACCAGGGAAAAUGAAAUCUGGGAUUAAGCAUCUGGCUAAAACUGUAUCGAGAGACAAAGAGCCAGGCAUUAGCCCCAUGCCAGACGUUGGGGUAGAGGGUGUCACAAUGCCCAAGAUGCCUCAACAGAGGAACAGGGAUAUGCUCUCCAAUGCCAAGACGAAGUUUCAGGUACGGGUGCGGGUGGUGGAGGGUCGUCAGCUGCUGGGGAGUAACAUGAAGCCCGUGUGUCAGGUCCUGGUGGUAGGUGAGACGCGUCAGACACGGGUUCACAAGGGUACCUCCACUCCCUGGUUCGACGAGAUCUUCUUCUUCCAAGUUGAAACUCUUCCAUCUGAACUCAUGGAGGAUUUUAUUCAAUUUAAGGUGUGCAACUCCAGUGGUAUCCGUGGCAGCACCAUCAUCGGUGCCUUCAAGUGUGAGGUUGGGAUGGUGUAUGACCAGGCCGAACAUGCCAUAGUUAACCGCUGGCUGGUGCUGGCCAACCCUGACGAACCUACACCCACGGUACAAGGGUACUUGAAGGUGAGUGUGGCUGUACUAGGACCUGGGGAUGUGUGUCCAGACUUAACAGCACGUCAGAGUGAACUGGAUGAUGUGGAGGCCAACUUACUGUGGUCAGCUGGGGUCCACCUUCAGCCUGCCACCUUCGUACUCUCUAUCUACUGUGCCCAGAACCUCCCGAGGAUGGAUGCUGGGACAAUGCAGACCUUGAAGGAGAUGCUAGGGGUGGGAAAAGCCUCCAAAGAACUGGUGGAUCCCUACCUAAUGGCUAGCUAUGCCGGUCGAGAGGUCCAGACUAAGAUACUUUACACCAACGAGAAUCCAGAGUUUCGCCAAAACCUCCACAUGGGCUUCCUCUUCCCCUCCAUGUGCAAUGUUAUCAAGAUCACAAUGAAGGACUGGGACCGUGUGGGUAAUGAUGACACCAUUGGAACAGCUACCAUCCCUGUGUCAGCUAUUUCAGCUCCUGGUGAAGAUGGUUACCUCCCAACCUUUGGUCCAACGUGGGUGAGUGUGUACGGGGCAAGACGUGAGUGGGAGCUCCUGGAUAGUGGGGGUACGGAGGAGAUGAACAAAGGCAACGAGGAGGGAUGUGCCUACCGAGGGAGAGUUCUUAUGGCUCUGCACACACAGGUCGGAUCAUACCCACCCUCCCCGACCACAGCUAUUGACAAUGAUGAAUUCAGGAGAGUGAUGAGGUAUCGUGGCACCCGUAAGUUUAUUCUCAAGUGCCAGCUUAGCCAUGUCUGGCUUUUGGAAGCUGCUGGGAAACCACUAGAGUUGGAGGUCUCUAUGGGUAACUUUGGCAACAAGCUAGAGAGUUCGAUGCUUCCUUCACCCUCCUCCACACACCCAUCCAACCCGGUCUUUGAUGGCUGCAAGUACUAUUUCCUGCCAUGGUCAGGUGUUGAGCCUUUCGUGACAGUCCACUGUGACUUCGAGGAUGUGACCCAUCGCCUCCACUGUGUCAACCACAUUACAUCUAUCAUUAUGACCUUGAAGAAGGACCUUCAGAAGUUACAGUCUCUGCUGCGAGGAUGUCGUCAAAAUCAGGAGGAAGACAAGGAGGUACAAGAUACUGUGCAAGAUGCCUUGUCAAAAUUGGUGGUUGCCUGCAGCAUGGAGCUGCCUGAAGUGAAUCCAGUCCGUCAUGUUGAGACAUCUCUAGACCGUCACCUGAGGGCCGUCGUAUGGAGCUGAACCGGCUGGCAGAGAACAUGAAAUCAGUGGAAAAUGCAAACCCUCAGCAGGUUGUUGUGGAACUAGAAUCUGCCUUGGACACUCUGGAGGCCUUGGCCCAAGAGCCCCAGAGCAGUGUUCCUGAUGUCUUCCUGUGGUUAAUGAGUGGCACCAGACGUCUGUCAUAUAUGCAAUUCCUGCCCACUCCAUCCUGUUCUCCCAUGAACCUUCCUCUCAUGGUGCACUGGCUGGCAAGUUCCACACCUACACAUUGAAGCAUGCAGAUGAAAAUAACCAAUGGGGUAUUGGUGGAGUGGUGCGUGCAUCUGUGUGGCUGGGACGUGAGGAGGACACGCGUGCCUGGUGGGAUGCUCACGAAGAUGUUCAACUUUCUGUCUAUGCUGAGUCCUAUGAAAACCAGGUGAUGUCUGUACCUGGUACUGGUAAGUGGACUGACAGCGGACUGCUGAUGACUGCCAAAUUCUCUGAUGCUGACGGUCGACUGAGCCUUUCCCGGGAGACUUUCUCUGCUCCUGAGGGCUGGAAUUUUCAGGGAGAUUGGUUUAUUGAUCCUGA